AUGGUUGCCCAAUUAGACUCGAACCUUGCCGUAGAAGAAAACCCAGAUAACCAAUUACAGAAUCAACAGGAUGAUCCAUAUGAAGCAGAAGAAACACUCUCUCUUUGUGAUCUUCCUACAUACAGUGACUCGGCUCAUUGGGACGACUUCUCCAAAGAUUAUCAGAGCUCCUCUUUUGAUCAAGAUGAAGACAACUUCUUUGAGUUCUUCAGUGAAGACUUCACAGCCUCAACAUACCCAUCUGGGAAUAAAGACAUCAUCUUCUGUGGGAAGCUCAUUCCCUACAACAAAGAAGCUCCACAUGUUGCUACAGUAGAGAAGAAAACCCAGAAGAACCCAGAGCAGAGCAACAAAAAAUACAGGAGUUCCACCAAGAAAUGGAGCCUUUUUCGGUGGAGAAGGUUUAGGGGAUCGAAACACAGGGUAGUUAAACCAAGUCAAGUUAAAGAUGCUAUAAGUGCUAGUGCUACUAAUACCAUUUCAUUUUCCGCAUCAAAAAACUACAGAAGGUGUGAUCUUUCACUUGGGAAAGUGUCAAUUCUUUCGAGUAACCGAUCAAAAUCGAAGUGGUAUUUGUACAUGUUUGGAAUGGCGAGGUUUCCUACAGAGAUGGAGCUGAGGGACAUUAAGAGCAGGCAAAGCAGGAGGAGCCCAUCGACCAUGUUUGGGGCUAAUUGUGAAGCAAGUGAUGAAUUAAUGGGGAAGGGUAACAAGGGAAUUAGCGAUAGUAGUAAUAGAGCUAAGGGGUUGUGGGGGUUGUUGAGAGCGAUAGGGUGUAGUAGUCAGCAUCCAAACGCCGUCGUAAAGGCAGCUUCGUUUAGCUAG